AUGCCGAGAAACAACUCGUGGAAAUGGUCGAUGUAUCCCAAGUUACAUGCCAAUGUAUCGCGACUUCUCAAAAAAGCCGACCUCCAGUUCGAGUUCAACGAUGUCGACGACGACAAAACAUGCACCGAAGCGUAUGACACAAACGUGAUGGGGAAAUUCACUUGCAACAAUCACAAGUGCAACUGCAAUGGGUGGUCAAGCAAGAAGAUCGCAAUUACCAUACGAAUGUACCAGGACAAGCGAUACAACGCCAGAGUAUACAGCCAGCACUGCAAGGCUUGCAACACCCCAAGCCGACCAUACCUGGACACAGAGUCGUACGCGGAUCGGGUAGCAUAUCGCAUCAAGAAGUGGAAUGGGGUAGACGUAGAUCCGCCUCCCUUCUCCCGCAAUUCUGGCGGCAAACAUGAGACGGACCUCUGCGAGGGAUGCAAGGCUGGCCAUUUACACGCGGAUCUGUUCGCAUGUACUGCUCCGUUUCUCCCGCUCGAUAUCACUACGAGGCGGGAUGAAGCCAACUCGGGAUCUCGUCUGCUCUCCCACCUCCAACCUGGUAACAGUUGGAUUAGUAGCUGGACCGAUGACAAUUAG